AUGCAUGAGAGGAACCCGGUUUCUAACACCUGUGAAGCGAAUUACAACCUAGACGGCAGUGUAGAGUUUCGGAUCGGCCACAGGUUCAGGUGUCGAGAGGCGGUGCUUCAAGGUGUGAAAAACUACAGUAUUCGCAGGAGUGUUGAGUACCGGGUGAUCAAGUCCGACCGGUUAAAGGAGGUUCGGAGGUUUGGUGGACCGCACAAUUGUCUAGCAUCCACCAUGUCUCAAGACCAUCGUCAGUUAGAUAGCAGUCUCAUCUGCAGGGUCAUAUUGCCCUUGAUACAGUCUAACCCCUCUGUCAGUAUCCCGGUCUUGCAAGGUAUGGUCCAAGCAAGCUAUCACUUCAAACCCUCAUACAUAAAGGUGUGGAUGGUAAAGCAGAAGGCAAUUGCACGGAUCUACGGGGAUUGGGAAGAGUCGUACAACAAGGUGCCGAAGCUGCUUCAGGCACUGCUGAGCUAUUUUCCCAGCACCAUUUGUAACCUACGCGUCAAACCAUACUACGAUGGACACCUCAUGGUACGCGAUCGCUGCAUGUUCGACAAAGUAUUUUGGGCUUUUCCGUCAUGUGUCAAGGCCUUCAAUCAUUGCAAGCCGUUUGUAUCCGUAGACGGCACGCAUCUAUAUGGCAGGUACAGUGGAUUGUUGCUUAUUGCGGUGGAGCAAGACGGAAACAUCAACAUACUGCCAAUUGCUUUUGCCAUAGUCGAGUCCGAGAGCACAGAGUCAUGGUCGUUCUUCCUUGCUAAUCUGAGGCGCCACAUCACCCCACAAGACGACUUGCUGGCAGCGAAUACUGGUAGACCUCUCUAUCUGGUGGACACCACUGAGGAAAUCUCUGAUAGAUCCAAGACAUCAACAGCAGAGUGCAGCCAGCGAUACCCGUAA